UUCGCAGGCACCAUGCGCAGAGAACAGGACCGGAGGGUGACCGAGGCGGUCGCGCGCCUCAGCGCCCCCAGGGGCUGCACACUGCCGGAGAUCACCAAGUACCUGCGGCGACAGUACUCGGGCACUCCCAAGAACCUCAGAGUCGUGGUCCAGAGAGCUCUGGACAGGUUCCAGGCGCUGGGACUGGUGGCGCUCAGGAACAAGCGGUACGUGGUCAACUUGGACGGCAGCAGGAAGCUGCUCCUUCCGGACGGCAUGAAGUCCGAGGCCCGAGAAGAUGACUUUGGUGACCUGCAUGCAUCUGUGAGCACACGCAGAGCAGCCAAGUGUCGGAGGAGAAGAAGAACAGUGUGUAGAAGGAGAACCUCGUGUAGAAGGAGAGCGUCAAGGAGGAGGCGGGUAUGCAAGAGACGCAGACGGCGAGUAUGUAGAAGAAGAACCAAGUCAAGAAGAAGAGCAUGUAGGCGGAGGUCGGUGUGUAGAAGAAGGACAAAGUCAAGAUGUAGAUCAAGAAGGAGGAAGUUGAAAUGUCCGCCAGUGUGUAGAAGAAGAACCAAGUCAAGGAGGAGGUCGGUGUGUAGAAGACGAACAAAGUCAAGAUGCAGAUCAACCAAGAGGAAGUUGGUAUGUCCACCAGUGUGUAGAAGAAGGUCCAAGUCAAGAAGAAGAGCGUGUAGGCGGAGGUCGAUAUGUAGGAGUCCCUCAGUGCGUAGAAGAAGAUCAAAGUCAAGAUGUAGAUCGAGAAAGAGGAAGUUGGUUUGCCCGCCAGUGUGUAGAAGGAGGUCGAGGUCAAGAAGCAGAGCAUCAAAGUGUAGACCGGUAUGCAGAAGACGAACCAAGUCAACAUGUAAAAGAACAUCUGGGUCUAGGAGAAGGUCAGCAACUAGAAUGACGACACCAGAAGACCAAGCAUGUCAAAACAAGGAAGAAAGGAACUGUGUGGAAAGAAAUCAAUAGUGAAAGUAACUAUAUGUCCACGAUGCAAGUGUAGGGUAUUCAUUAAAGUUGAAAGAUGACCAAAGUUCUUGGUAAACAAAAUAUGACUGCAAAUAACACAUUCUUCAAUUACGGUACAUAUAACUCCCCUUUACCACAUGUAUGUGAUGUAUCACAACAUUUUUAACUGUUUUGAUAUUUUGAUUUAUGUCGUAAUGAUACAGCUAUUUGAAUAUAUUUUUAUUUCGUUUACGAAAAAGCUUUCUAUGCUUGAAUGUUUAAAAUAAAUGUCUCUACUAAAGUAUUGUGCUUGAUACUUGUGGAUCGUAACCAUAGCUCACACCUUACCAAUGUUCUUACGAACGGAUGUAAUCAAAGAUCAAUGGUUUACCUUAACCCUAUCAGGCAUGAAAUUUUAAUUUUUACCUCCUUACAAUUGGGGUUGUUAAUUUGAGAAAUAACACUGUUUAUGU